CUGCCGCUCAAUGCCGUCCUAAAGUUCCUCGCUUCCUCUGUUGAAGGCCUGCCUUCCUGCAGCUUCCCCACGCGCUAGCUUCAAGCUUUCUUGCCCGCACCGUCCCGAGAUAUCCGAGAAAGGCAAGCCGCUCAUGACUCUCCCUCGAGGGAGAAGCACUCCAUCAGACACGCAGCUCGAAUCGGACCGGGCAAUUCCACUACAAUCCCUGGCUUCGGGACCCACACAAGGAAAGGGACCCACGCCGCAGCUUGCCCCGGACUUUUCUGCCCCUCCUCCUCCUCCCCCCCACACACGCGACAACACGGCGACGUCGCUCCCACCACCGCAUUCCGGGACCGAGCUUCGACCUGCUGACCCCAAUGGCCGCGGACUCGAGUCGACUGUGCGAGCGGCUGACCAGACCGAGACCGACAGCCCGAGCGACCCGGCACCCGAACACAUGGCCAAGGACCCCCCGCCGUUGCACUCGGCCGCCGGCCACAGCAGCAGUCCCUCGUACGGCUCCAUAACGCCGCGGCCCUCGGAUGAUAGUUCCGAUGAGGGGGUCACCGCCCCGUUGGUGCCGUCUCGAAAGCCUUCGGAUGCGAGUCGAGACUCGUUGGGGGGGUUCGGAGUGCGACGGCGCCGUGAUGGCUCCCAGCCCAGGUCACCGACCUCGAGACGGACGCCUAGGCAGUCGGAGGAGCUCGGGGGAUCCACUACUAUUGGGGGACUCGAGGGUCGUUUUGGCACUACUGAGACACCACUGCUGAACGACCUGGGCAAGCAGCCGGAAGGCGAAGAGGACGAAGACGAUGAGCGGUCCUUCGUGUCCGACUCGGAGGCUUUCGAUGACGAAGAUCCGCCAGAUAACUCCCCCUACGCGCAGGUUCGGGCGUCCGUCUCCUCCACCGACAACACGAGCCUGUCGAUAAACACGCCUCGGAUGUGGGCCCUCUCCAUCCUUUUUUCCAUUCUCGGCUCCUCGACGAAUUUGUUUUUCUCUUUAAGAUACCCCAGUGUUGCAAUUACGCCAGUUAUAGCAUUGUUAAUGGUACACCCUCUUGGUCUCUUAUGGGACUAUUUAUUGAAACGGUCAGACGAUCCUCCGGAGGAGUAUAUCGACGGGCUCCGAAGCGGCAGCCCCCCGGUCGCCAGCUCUGACCCUCGCUCGCGAUUCGUCCCUCUUGAAGGCAGGGGCAGGCUUGAUCGGGUCCGGCUAUGGCUUGCGCAGGGCCGGUGGAACGAGAAGGAGCAUAGCUGCGUCUAUGUCAGCAGCAAUGUGUCGUUCGGCUUUGCCUUUGCGACCGACGUCAUCGUCGAGCAGACGCAGUUCUACAAGCAGGAGGCCAGUAUCGUAUACCAGCUCCUGCUGACGAUAUCUACCCAGAUACUGGGAUACACUUUUGCCGGCCUUACGCGGAGGUUUCUGGUUCGGCCGAGCGGUAUGAUAUGGCCGGGCACCCUCAUGUCGGCAGCCAUGUUUACCACCCUCCACAAGGAGGAAAACAAGGAGGCCAACGGCUGGAGGAUCAGCCGGUGGAAGUUCUUCUAUGCCGUCUGGCUAGGCGCCUUUCUCUUCUACUUUUUGCCGGGACUGCUGAUGCCAGCGCUGAGUUAUUUUAACGUGAUCACCUGGUUUGCCCCUGACAAUGUCGUCGUCGCAAAUCUGUUUGGCGUCGUCUCGGGAUUGGGGCUGUUCCCGUUGACUUUUGACUGGGCGCAGGUCGCUUACAUCGGUUCGCCGCUGCUAACCCCUUUCUGGGCCGCCAUGAAUGUGGUGGGCGGGCUGGUUGUGGUCAUGUGGAUUGUCGCGCCCAUCGCGUACUACAGCAACUGGCUGUACUCGUCGUAUAUGCCGAUCCUGUCGGCGGCCGUGUUUGACAACACGGGCAAUGUGUACGACGUCAGCAAGGUGUUGACCGAGGACUUCAUGUUCGACCGGGAAGCCUACUCCAAGUACAGCCGCGUGUUCCUCCCCAUCACGUAUGUGCUGAGCUAUGGCGUGCAGUUUGCCGGGCUGGCGGCACUCUUGACGCACACGGCCUGCUGGCAUGGGAAGGACAUAUGGACGCAGUGGAAGCGGUCGCUGGAGGAGACGUCCGGGGAGCAGAAGGGCACAUAUCAACCAGUCUCUGAGCCAAGUGAGAGAUCGGCCAGGUCGCCUAAUGGCCGAGACAGGAGAGCAAACAGGUCCUCGAUGAGCAUUGACAACAUCAUGAGUCGCGAGGAUGUCCACAAUCGCCUGAUGAGGAGAUACAAGGACGCCCCGAUGAUGUGGUAUCUCAUGACCUUUGUCUCUAUGACAGCAAUCGGCAUUUUUGUCGUCGAGUACUACCCGAUCCACCUUCCCUGGUACGGCCUCCUCCUCGCGCUCGGCAUCUGCACCAUCCUCUUCAUCCCCAUCGGCAUCAUCAUGGCGGUCACCAACCAACACUCGUCCAUCUACCUCAUCUGCCAGCUCAUCGCCGGCAUCCUCUUCCCCGGCCGCCCCGUCGCCAACAUGGUCUUCGUCACCUACGGCUACAUCUCCUCCGCACAGGGCAUCAAGUUCGCCGCCGACCUCAAACUCGGCCACUACAUGAAGAUCCCCCCCCGCAUCCUCUUCACCGUCCAGAUCGUCGCCACCAUCAUCUCCUCCCUCACCCAAAUCGCCGUCCUCAACUGGAUGUUCGUCCACGUCCCGGGGCUCUGCACCCAGCAAGCCAUCAACGGCUUCACCUGCCCCAUCGCCCGCGUGCACUUCAACGGCUCCAUCCUCUGGGGCGUCGUCGGGCCCGCCGAGUUCUUCGGCCCCACCGCCACCUACCGCCCCCUAAUCUGGGCCUUCGCCAUCGGCGCCGUCCUGCCCCUCCCCUUAUGGCUCUACGCCCGCCACCGCCGCAACUCUGUCAUCCGCAAGAUCAACCUGCCCGUCCUCUUCGGCUCCCUCGGCUGGAUCCCGCCCGCCACGGGGCUCAACUUCUCCGUCUGGGCGCUGGUCUGCUACGUCUUCAACUACGCCGUCAAGCGCCGCGCGCCCGCCUGGUGGGCCAAGUACACCAUGACGCUGAGCGCGGCGCUGGAUUCCGGGCUGGCGUUUGGGAUUGUGGUGGUGUUCUUUGGGUUUGUGUACUCCGGGGCCAUGCGCGGGUUUAGUUGGUGGGGGACCGAGGUGUAUAAGAGGGGGUGUGACUGGCAGGCGUGCGCGUGGCGGAGUGUGCCGGAGGGGGGGAGGUUUGGGCCCGAGGUUUGGUAGGUGGGCUGGUGGUGCCUUUGUUGGGGGGUGGUAGUGGA